AGGUUAGAAAUUUGUUUUGGUUAAAAAGGUGGGAAUUUUUAACUUUUUUGAGCAAUAUCGUGAUAAGAACAAGUGCAAGUUGUUUCACAACUCCCACCGUCGGUCCCGUUGGAGGAAGUAGGCCAGGAGGUGUAGGAGACUUGGAGAACCGCAGCGCAAAAGAUCCCCUUAACACCUCCUAAGGAAACCCUCAGAAAACGUGCGCCGCGGAAUAAAAGACAAAAAUGCCGAAAGAACGAGCGGAGAAAAAGUCGCGGGUUCACAAUGAAGUGGCCAAACAGGGUAUCGUUUUCAACAAGGACUUCGGGCAGCACAUACUCAAGAACCCGCUAGUGAUCACCUCGAUGCUGGAGAAGGCGGCGCUGCGGCCCACGGAUGUGGUACUGGAAAUCGGUCCCGGUACCGGUAACAUGACGGUGAAGAUCCUCGAGAAGGUGAAGAAAGUCGUAGCCUGUGAAAUCGAUCCACGCCUGGUGGCCGAACUGCAGAAGCGCGUGCAGGGAACGCACCUACAGCCCAAGCUCCAGAUUCUGAUCGGUGACGUGCUCAAGACAGAUCUCCCGUUCUUCGACAUCUGUGUCGCCAACAUGCCGUACCAAAUCAGCUCACCGUUCGUCUUCAAACUGCUGCUCCAUCGGCCGUUUUUUCGCUGCGCGGUGCUCAUGUUUCAGCGCGAGUUCGCUCAACGGCUGGUCGCCAAACCGGGCGACAAACUGUACUGCCGGUUGAGUAUCAACACGCAGCUACUAGCGCGCGUCGAUAUGCUAAUGAAGGUGGGCAAAAACAACUUUAAACCUCCACCGAAGGUCGAGUCGAGCGUAGUGCGUAUUGAACCUCGUAAUCCGCCGCCUCCAAUCAACUACACCGAAUGGGACGGACUUACGCGGAUCGCUUUCCUGCGCAAAAACAAAACACUGGCAGCGGCCUUCAAACAGACGACCGUGCUGACCGCGCUCGAGGACAACUACAAGCUUCACUGUUCCCUCAAGAACAUCGACGUACCGGCAGAGUUGAAUGUGAAGGAAAAAGUCGAAACCAUCUUGGACCGGUUGGAAGCUAGUAGCAAACGAGCUCGCUCAAUGGAUAUCGAUGAUUUCAUGGCCGUGCUGCAAGCUUUCAACGCCGAAGGCUUCCAUUUCAGCUGAAAUCGUUGCAAACGGAAACGGAUUAUUGCGAUUAACCGAAAGAAACGGAUUAGAAGGAUGUGUGCAUUCGUCAGACGGAAUAAAAGAUUCCAAACCAACACUCGACAGUCGAUGAUUCGGUGGAAAACACGGUGUUACCAUAACUACUGAUGGUCGAAGCAUUGGAAGAAGUGUAGAAGAUGGGGGAUAUAGCGAGGCUUUUGAUUUGCACGUUCUCCUCCACCAGUUGACUAUUCAUCGAUGCUUUGGUUGCUGUGUCGGGAAGAG